AUCUGAGUGUUAGUGUUAAGGGUUGGGGCUAUGCUGCCUGGUUGGUUAGGUUUGGGUUAGGCUCACUCGGGCUCGGGCAGGCCUAAAUGUCUGCUAUCAGACUACCCAUGUGAAAUGUGCUGAGACUGGCGUAAAAAUGAACUAAAGUAUGGUACUUAAUCCAUCACUCAAAUGUCAUGCCUUUUUUGGGCACUGACAAGUGACAUGGCCUGAUCAGCGGGGAUUGUUAUUUUAGUAAACUGGGGAACAAGUUAUUGUUAACAAUCCCAAUUCAACUGAUCAUUAGGCUUUUACUAUGGUCUUCUAGAGAUAUGAGGAUUGAUAUAGGCCUACCGGUACCUACCUGGAUUCGAAAUGAGUCUGACUUUUUUAGAUGGUUUUGCUUGUGAGAACGUUUACUUUCUUUACAUUUCAGCAUCAGCAACAACGAGGUGAGCGUGAUCAGGGUCAAGGUGAUAAGGAGAAGAAGAAGAAAGAAACCAUCUUAGAUUUGUCCAAGUAUCUCGAUCGAGCAAUUCGGGUCAAAUUCAGUGGCGGACGCGAAGCUGCUGGCAUUCUAAAAGGUUAUGAUCCCCUCCUCAACCUUGUACUCGACAACACCACAGAAUAUUUACGAGAUCCAGAUGAUCCAUUCAAACUGACGGAAGAUACACGACCACUUGGACUUGUUGUGUGUCGAGGGACGUCUGUUGUUUUAAUAUGUCCAUCGGAGGGGAUGGAAAUGAUUGCAAAUCCUUUUGUGAGUCAGGAAGGAUGAGAAUGAGCUUAGCACGCCUGCUCUCUCGGACAUCGGUGACCAUUUUGUACAAACACGCCUAGCAAAGGCAAAAUUCAGAACUGAAAUUAUGAUUUAUGCAUUUCUACCUAAUUUCAUUGGUCAUUUUGAUGUGAAAAUGAGAUGAAUUUUGUGAUGUGCUGGGUAAAUAAAAGGUUGGUAACAAUAAUAUUGUUGUGCAGUUGGAACUGGAUGACUGGUGGACCAUUAGAGUACAAUACUGUAAAACUGCCCAGGAACUGUCACACUAUGGAUGGCAGCUCCACUUCUUAAUAUAAGUCCAGUUUGGGCACCUUGAUUGUCAUCACUUGUGAGUUUUCAGGACUGCAUCCCGAGUCAAGUUAAUGAAUUGUGUGUAAGGGCUACUGUAAAUCAGUCAGGAGUUGUUGCUACUUCUGAACAUCACAACUUCAAUGAAAUCAAAUGUUCCAUUUCACUUUCAAAGUCCCAACAACUCUUGCCUGAGAUUACAGUUUUUUCGUAAGUUUUGUAAUAAAAUCAUGU